UAAGUGCCUCCCACCCACCCCAAACCUGCUUGUUUAUGUAUGUGAGCUCCUGGAUGGCUGCGGAUCAGGAAGAAAGAAAAAAAAAUCCCAUUUUAUGCUCUUCCUGACAGGACCAGUUUCAGACCGCCCAGCUGAGCUCUGUCCCUCUGCUCUCUGUUAUAACUCCAUUACAAAGACUUAAUUAAGUUUCCAGCCACUGCUCUGAUACCACAAGCACGUUCACAUUCACUCACAAAAAGGACUCAAGUCUGGGUCUUCUUUUUUUCAAACAGCACAACACCAUUUUGAUCCAUGUAGAUUCAUCUGGAUGUAAAAGAUAGAUUUGACUUUAACAGAAUUGAUUGUUGUUGUUGUUGUUGAAUGUUUGCAGUUUCUUGACAUGGCCAACAGGGGGCGCUGCACUCUAACUGAUUAGUAUACAGACAUGAAUAGGGACUAUUUCAAUGCUUUAAAUGCCUAUUUACUCUGACUCAUCCUCCAUGCAAGAAACAUUUUUGAUGAUAUUCUAAUCUCUUUUUUUCUCCAUCAAAUUAACCAGAACUUUGAAAUCAUCCGCAGCCCAAGGACACAUGAACCUCACUGGGAAAAUAUGAAAGUUUUUAGAAGGCCAGAGAUGCUGUGGCAUGUAACAAACAAGGCAGAAUAUGACAUUCAGGUCAGCAAUUCACAGGGCUGCUGGACAAUGAGGACGUACGAGCGAUGAUGCAGGGCUGCAGCAUGGUGAAAGUUCGCUCUUCCAGGUGGCAGAAGAGCCGAAACCUGCGGCUGCUGGAUGAUGGACUAACAGUGUGGUGUGAAUCCACCAAGAGCUCCCGCAAAGCCAAAGCCCAGCAGACAUUCGCAGUGACAGAAGUGGAGUGUGUGCGUGAGGGCUGCCAGUCGGAGGCGCUGAGACGGCUGAUCGGGUCGGUGCCGGAGAACCAGUGCUUCACAGUGGUCUUCAGGGGGGCCAGGAAGAGCCUGGACCUGCUGUGCCCCUGCGAGGACGAAGCCCGGCGCUGGGUGCGAGGGCUCCGCACUCUUAAGGAGCACGUGGGCAACAUGACUCAGAAGCAGAAACUGGACCAUUGGAUCCGAGGCUACCUGAAGCGAGCGGAUCAGAACCAGGAUGGCAAGAUGAGCUACGACGAGGUCAAGCGGCUGCUCCAGAUGAUCAACAUUGACCUGAGUGAGCAGUAUGCCCGCUGUUUAUUCAAGAGGUGUGACCGGUCCGGUGAUGAUCGUUUAGAUCAUAUAGAGAUCGAGGAGUUCUGCAGGGAGCUGCUGCGGCGGCCCGAGCUGGACGCCGUGUUCAGACACUAUUCCAGUAAUGGUUGUGUGCUCGCCACUGCUGAGCUGCGAGACUUCCUGGGAGACCAAGGAGAGGACGCAUCGCUGAAUCAUGCUCAGAGCCUGAUACUUACCUAUGAGCUCAAUGAGUGGGCUCAGAAGAAUCAGUUCAUGACCCAGAAUGGUUUCACCAUGUACAUGCUGUCUCUGGAGAACGAUGUGUUCAACCCUGACCAUGGCAGAGUCUGCCAGGACAUGAGCCGCCCUUUGGCCCACUACUUCAUCUCCUCAUCGCACAACACUUACCUUACCAAGGACCAGGUCACCAGCGCCAGCAGCACCGAGCCGUACAUCAAGGCUCUGAAUCAGGGCUGCCGCUGUGUGGAGUUGGACUGCUGGGACGGAGAUAAAGGCGAACCUGUCAUCUACCACGGCCACACUCUCACCUCCAAAGUGCCUUUCAAGGAGGUCAUCGAAACCAUCGCCCAGUACGGCUUCAAGGCCUCCCCAUAUCCUCUGAUCCUCUCCUUGGAGAACCACUGUUCUGUGGAGCAGCAGGCUGUCAUGGCCAAACACCUCCGCACCAUCCUGGGCAGCAAACUGCUCACCAAGCCCCUCAGUGCCCAGCCGCUGAAGGAUCUUCCUUCUCCUGAGGAGCUAAAAGGCCGUAUUCUGGUGAAAGGGAAGAAGCAGAUUCCUCACUUGAGCCAGCUGGGAAAGAAUGGCAGCUGUGCCAGCUUCUCCUCCAGCUCUGAAGAUGAACAAGGGAGCACCAAUAAAAACACGCCAAAGAAGGAUCCCGCAAAGGUCUGUUCUAAACUGAGCCCAGAGCUAUCAGAGCUGGUGGUGUACUGCAGGAGCGUCCCCUUCCGAGGGUUUGAACAUCCAUCUAAAAAACUUCCAAAUGAACUGUCCUCCUUCUCCGAAAGUGACGCCCUCAGGCUCAUCAAAGACUCGGGAAAGCUUUUUGUGAGACACAACAGCAGGCAGCUGAGCCGGAUCUACCCCUCCGGCCAGCGCCUGCAAUCAUCCAACUAUGAUCCUCAGGAAAUGUGGAACGGUGGCUGCCAGAUGGUGGCUCUGAACUUUCAGACCCCCGGGGAGCAGAUGGACCUGAACCAAGGUCGCUUCCUCCCCAAUGGGCGCUGUGGAUACAUUCUCAAACCAAGCUUCCUGUGCAGCUCUGCCUCCGAAUUUAACCCUGAGAACACAGGAGGAGGCCCCGGUCACAUCCCCACCCAGCUGACCAUACGAAUCAUAUCUGCACAGCAGCUGCCAAAAAUCAAAACAGAGAAGGCCAGCUCCAUCGUGGACCCGCAAGUGUGGGUGGAAAUUCACGGCGUGGCGAUCGAUAAUUCGAGAGGCAAAACCCACCGCAUCGACAACAACGGUUUUAACCCACGCUGGGACUGCACUCUGAGCUUCCAGCUGCAGGUCCCUGAUCUGGCCCUGGUGCGGUUUGUAGUGGAGGACCACGAUCACACCGCCAAGAACGACUUUGUGGGGCAGUUCACUCUACCUUUCAACAGCCUGCGAACAGGUUAUCGACAUGUUCAUUUAUUGAAGGCAGAUGGAUCCAGUCUGUCCCCCAGCACACUCUUCAUCCAUGUCAAAGUGAGCCGCAAAGGAGUUCCCAUCAAAACUGUGUCUGAGCGUAUGGCCAUCGCCAAAGGCAAGGCAUGACGAGCAUCUGAACUAGAUGGAAAGCUGCAUUUUUCUGACAACAAAGGGCUUUGGAAAAAAAGGAGCUCUGAAUGUGAGCAGAGAGCUGCUGCCGGUUGCUGCCAGUCGCUCUCCCAGUCCAGACCUCAAGUGGUCCAAUUUACACCGAGAACACGACAGAAAAGAUGUCGUUUAUCAGAGAUGAAGAAAUGCACCGGCUCUUAGCAAAUGAAUCACCUCAGCCUGGGUAAUGAGUCCAUGUUACACUGUGGGAGUAUCCGGUCUCGUCGGUGCUGAGUGCUCUGAGGAGAGCGGCUCAUGAAAUACAUCGAUAUGGGACUUGUUACAAAAUAAAUUUUAAUGUUAGCUCUCAUGUGUAGGAGGUUUUCUCAUAAUCUGUUGUACGAUCCUUUUGUAUUUUAGAUUUCAGUUAACAUUUUUACGCCUAAAUAUUUGACUUAAGGAUAGUUUAACAAGAAAUACUUAAUACUUACUUAACUGAGGUGUCUCACAAGUGCUAUAAGUGAUAAAUAUGACUUUUAUUAACUGUGAUGUUAUAAUAUUUCAGUGUUUGACGAAAGUUGUUUUUGUCCAUGAAGGUUGAAAUUGUUUAUUCAGUUUGUCUUACUUGAUACUCCACAUACUUGGCACUUUUUAAUUUUAAUGACAACUUACAAAUGAACUUGAAGCAAAGACAGUAUUAACUUAACUUUCUUAAAAAAUGUCACUUGUUGUAUUUGCCUCAGCAUCAUUUCACACAAAAUAAGUGUUUAUGUGUUUGACUUUUGUUACGUGCUUUUCUAUUAACCAGUUCUCAUCCUGACAGUUUAAGAUUAAGAAAAUUGUGGUUAAACACUAAUUGCAACAAUCUAACCACCACUUACUGUAGGCUACAGUGAAUCAUUUAAUACUCUUAUAAGGAGCUGCUCUGAUAAUAAAACGUUGCAGUAAUAAAAGGUGCUGAACGUGGAUUAGUGUAAUUACAGUGUAUGUGACCGGGAUAGGUUUCAAUAGCAUGCAACAAAUGAUGACUUUGCAGUGUUGAAGCGUAAAGCUUCUGUUGUGUGAAUGGAAGUUGAUAUUAUGUAUGCAAGAGAAAAUGCUGUUUUGAUAAAAUCACUAAUAACACGCCA